AUGUCAAGCAACGUACAGGGACGCAAAAUCGCCAUCAUCGGCUCCAGCGGCCAGGUUGGACGACCGACUGUCGAGGCUCUUGUCGCAUCUGGCAUUCACACCAUUACUGCUGUCCAACGCAUCGAAGCAACAAGCACAUUUCCACCUGAGGUUAUCGUCAAAUCUGGUGAUCUGAAGGACGAGUCCUUCUUGGCGAGCACCUUCCAAGGACAGGAUGCUGUCGUGCUCAUGGUGCCUCUCCCUCACCUUGUCAGUCUGCAAGAGUCAGCAUUUGGUCCAGACCCUUUUGCAUCGAAACUGAUCGAGGACAACCAACUACUACAAGACAAGAAGAAGAUCCGCGAUCUGACUGAGGAACUCGGCGUGAGUAGUUGGAUCUCAGUAGCUGUCGGCCCGUUCCCCGAAAUGAUCAAAAGUGGUCUCUGGGGCAUCGAUGUUGAGAACCGCAGAGCUACGAUUUGGACCGGAGCCGUUGGAAAAGUCAGCACGACGAGUGUUGUACAGACUGGUCAAGCUACAGCUGCAGUAUUGAGCCUCCCUGAACGGGACUUGUCUAGGUACAAGAACAAAGCGUUCUAUAUCCCAUCAUUUCACCUAAGCCAGAAAGAGCUUCUACUAGCAGUUCAGAAGGCAACAGGGACGACAGAUCAGGACUGGGACAUAGACUACCAAGAUGUGAUUGACGGACUGAAAGAUUGUAACGACAAGAUUCAGCAGAAAGAUGCGACUGCCCCAUUUGUAAAGUUCUUCAUCACCCAUUUCCGGGAGGGCAGUGGAGGAGACUUUGAAAGCAAGGUUGAUAUCAGUGAGGUGAAGAAGCUGCGCGAAGUCGGACUUCAGAAGGAGGCUGUCGACGAUGUGCUUAAAAGGAUUGUCUCAUAA